AUUUUUUAGACGAACCCAAAAGCCCUGCCCUCAUCUCUAUGAUUACUGAGGGGAGCGCUACAUAAAAUGGAGGCACCGCUGGGAUAGUUUUGGAUUUCUCAGUCUUAAAAAAAUAAAAAAGGUUAUUUUAAAAAAGUUUCAGAGUUAAAAUAACUAAUUUAAGAGCUAAGCUUUAUACAAACAAAAUAAAGAUGGAAAAAACAGAACUAGUGUCAGAGUUAAAACGCUGGUGCCGUGGUGAAGGGUUAGAGGAGACUCAUUCGCUUAUGACCAUCGUCCCAGAAGAUGUAGAGAUCAGUGAAGUAGAAGAAACACUGGGAAAUAUCAAGUCUUUGGGACGGGUGCGUGUCCGUGGGAGAAACUUUAGUACGAGACUAAACCGACGGAUGGUUUUGUGUGAGUGUAAGGAGAUUGUGAACGAGGCGAGUGUUCCUCCUGAGGUUGUGACAAUUGAUGGUGGAGAGGCGUGGCCUGUUAUCAUCAUUGGAAAGGCGCAGGCAGCUGCUGAAGAGUUUAAUAAUAAACUGAAAGGGUUGCUGCAGGCUGAAGGUAAAACAAUGGAGGACCUCAAAACCUUGUUCCCCGGUACACCCCCACCCACUACCUCCACUGAAUCUAUCUUUCAAGUUGUUGGAGAGUUAUUGGACAAGACAAGCAGACCAGCUGAUGGUGGGAGCUACAUCAGACUGCGCAUAUUCUCAGGAACCCUACCGACACCACCAGGUGAGGAGACAUUUGAUCAUUGGCUAGAGCAAGCAUGGCUGAUGGUGGAGGAGACUGAAUGCUCCGACAGAGAAAAAAGACGCAGACUUAUUGGAAGUUUAAAGGGGUCCGCACUAGAAAUUGUGAAAGCAGUGCGACAUGCCAACCCUGAAGCCAGCGCAAAAGAAUGCUUGGAAGCCCUUGAAAUAGCCUUUGGAAAUGCAGAGUCCGGUGAUGAUCUCUAUUUUUCUUUCAGAUUAAUGCAACAACAAAAAGGAGAGAAAUUAUCAGAUUUCCUUCGACGUCUAGAGAGGUCUCUAACUAAGGUGGUUCAACGAGGUGGUCUUUCUGCAAGCUGCAUGGAUCGAGCGCGCUUGGAACAGCUGCUAAGAGGUGCUAUUGCUUCAGACCUGAUGUUGAUCCAGCUGCGUUUGAGAGAAAGGAAGACCACACCCCCAAACUUUCUGCAGCUCUUGACUGAGAUCCGUGCUGAGGAAGAGUAUGAAACUUCUAGAAUGAAGCUCAGUGCCUCAGUACAUCAAGUGCAUGCUAAUCCUGAAGUGGAUACCAGGCAGGCCGAGAUCCAGAGCUUAAAGGUGGAAAUAAAAGAACUGAAGGCAAUGGUUGCAUCAUUAUCUUCCCAAUCCACUCCAGUCAAGGAGGAUUAUAGGAAGGCCACACCCAUUAACACACCACCUGCUCCCGAGAACCGGCAAAAUGCCGAGCUGGCUGCCUUGAAAAAACAACUGAAACGACUACAGCAGAAAACCAGCAACAAGAUGUCUGACCAAGAUGCUGCAGUCUCAUCCAUCGAAGCUUCUGAACAGGUCUCCCACACACCCAAAGAAACACAGAAAAAGUCAGAUGAGAAUUUCUGCUACAGGUGUGGUGAGAGCGGACAUUUUGUCACUAAAUGCCGCAACCCUGAAAAUCAUACCAAGGUUAUCAGAAAGCUAAUUCAUGCUUUAAAGGUGACCAAAGACCAGAAGCAGUCAGCUGGUUCCACCACCAGUGAAGUGAACUGUGGUGUCAAGAAAAAUGCUGUUACCUCAUCUGAGCAGGCUGGCAUCCCUGAAGGCUUGAUUGGCCCACCCAGCAUCAUACCCUUGAAAGUAAAUGGUCAUUGCUGUGAUGCCUUGUUUGAUAGUGGUUCUCAGGUCACCAUUAUUUUUGAAUCUUGGUAUCAGACUUACCUGUCUGAUGUCCCCAUACGCCCCGUGUCUGGUUUAGCCCUGUGGGGACUGAGUGAAUCUGAGGGCAGUUAUCCCUACCGUGGGUAUGUAGUGGUCGAUGUUGAAUACCCAGCAAAGGUUAUAGGGGCUGAUCAGACCGUGACCAUCCUUGCCCUAAUCUGUCCCCAGCCCCGAACUGCAGACCAGACCCCUGUCAUUGUGGGGACCAAUGCCAGUCACAUCCGACGUCUUGUGCAGCAAUGUAAAGACAAUGGCAUUGACAUCACCCAGACCCUGGGGAUACGGUGUUACAGAGAUAACAAAAUAACAUCGACUAACACAACAGCCUUGGAUGAUAUUGGCUGUGUGUUAUGGCAAGGCCCUGGCCCUCUGACUCUGCCCCCUGGUGGUAACUGUAGUGCAGUCUGCAAAGUAGAGUAUAGGCAGCACGUCGACAAAGAAAUUCUGAUGGUUGACUCGUCUCCUCUAACUCCACUCCCAGCUGGUGUACUACUUCAGCCAAUGGUGGUGCCUAGUGAAGAUGUAAAUGUUUGCCAAUUCAGAAUCCUGGUACANUUCAUUAACCUAGAAAAAAACGUUUCAGUUACAUAA